GACGCUGCUCGCAACAAGAAGUUCAAGCUCAUCCCGCGCAUUGUCAGGGGCAGCUGGAUCGUGAAGCAGAGCGUGGGCACCACCCCCGUGCUGCUGGGCCAGAAGCUGACCACGCGCUACUUCCGGGGGCCCAACUACUUCGAGGUGGACGUGGACAUCACCAGCAACACUGUGGCCAACAGCGUGACCAGCCUGGUGGUGGGCGCCAUCACCAGCCUGGUGGUGGACCUGGCGCCGCUGGUGGAGGGGCAGGCCGAGGACGAGCUGCCCGAGCGGCUGAUUGGCAGCGUGCGGUUCGAGCACCUCGACCUCAAGACCGCC